CUGACUCUCGCUGGUCCCCAAAGGAAUGCGGCCGGUGAGCGGCCCCCGGCUGCGCGGGCCCAGAACCACGUCCCCCGCCGGGCCCAGAACCACGUCCCCCGGCGGGCCCAGAAGCACAUCCCCCGGCGGGCCCAGAAGCACAUCCCCCGCCGGACCCAGAACCACGUCCCCCGGCGGGCCCAGAACCACGUCCCCCGGCGGGCCCAGAACCACAUCCCCCGGCGGGCCCGGCGGUUCCGGCGCUCGCUGACGCGGCGCUGCCGCUUCCCGUGCGCGGGCGGUGCCUCCCUCGCUCCUUCCUCCUCCCUCCGCCCCGGAGUCCCUCCUUCCUUCCCUCCUCCCGCGUUCGCCCCCUCCUGCAGCGGCGGCGAGCGAGCCCCGGGCGAAGAUGGCGAAGACCUACGACUAUCUGUUCAAGCUGCUGCUGAUCGGCGACUCGGGCGUGGGCAAGACCUGCCUCCUGUUCCGCUUCAGCGAGGACGCCUUCAACACCACCUUCAUCUCCACCAUCGGAAUCGACUUCAAGAUCAGAACAAUAGAAUUAGAUGGAAAGAAAAUCAAGCUGCAAAUAUGGGAUACAGCGGGCCAGGAGAGAUUCCGCACCAUCACCACGGCCUACUACCGAGGAGCCAUGGGAAUUAUGCUGGUGUAUGACAUCACAAAUGAAAAGUCUUUUGACAACAUAAAAAACUGGAUAAGAAAUAUAGAGGAGCAUGCCUCUUCAGAUGUAGAAAGAAUGAUCCUGGGUAACAAGUGCGAUAUGAAUGAAAAAAGACAAGUCUCAAAAGAAAAAGGGGAGAAGUUAGCAAUUGAUUAUGGAAUCAAAUUUUUGGAGACAAGUGCAAAAUCCAGCAUAAACGUGGAAGAGGCGUUUUUCACACUUGCACGGGACAUUAUGACAAAGCUCAACAGAAAAAUGAAUGACAACAGUUCAUCGGGGGCAGGUGGGCCAGUAAAAAUAACAGAAAAUCGAUCUAAGAAGAGCAGCUUCUUUCGAUGCACGCUACUUUGAUGAACUUCUAAUGAUAGACUGCAGCACACUUAGAACCUUUUCUGCUUCUUUGAAAGCACAGGGUCACAAAGCCUCAGAAAUAAUACCACCAAGCUGCUGCUGAGAGCUCCAUUGAACGUAGACUGCGAUACACAAAAUACCAAGUGGAUUUUGCUCACUAAGCCUAUUGACCUGUCAGGCUUUCUUUCUCAGAUAUGGAAGCUAUGAAGUGGAGACACAAAUGCAAGAGUUAACCUGUUUUCAUUUUUUACUUUCUGUUUUAUUGCCUGUUGCAAAAGCUGCUAUGUUUCUUUUAACUUUGCACAUCCAUAUUGGCCUCUUACUGCCUGUUACAGCACAAUCUUACAUUUGUAUUUGCACAGUUUGACUUGUAAAUUCUUAACAGAUUUGUGCAGGGUUUUCUUUCUGUUUUUAAACAAAUUUAUUUUCAAGCAGAAGAGCCAGGGGAAAAAUUGUCUCACUUCCAUUAUCUCUAUGCUGUAUACUUGUGGCCAUGCAGUAUGGAUGUUGUCGCUCUAGUGAUGAGAAUUACUGUAAAAAUUGGCAUUUAGCAAUUUCUAUGGAUUUUGUUCUCUUAGAUGCACAAAUCUGUUCAUGCAGAAGCUGUGGCUUCUAUUCUGAAUGUAGUAUGUUGCUUUUCUCUCUUUACCAGACUUAGCAAAGUUGUGUUCUGAAUUGCCAGUCACUGUCUGAUUCACAGAUGCACCUUUCAGUUAUUUGAAUAAACACAGUGUCUUUCCUCACUUAACUUCCCUUUGUUAGCUCGAACUGCACCUUUUUGUGUUUCUGAUGAGGAAUUACACUCUGGAGCUGAAAUCAGCCUCACAAAUUGGCCUCAUCGCUAUCACUUAAGUGGCUUGUGGAAGCUGAAUGCAUGAGUCUUGAGUAACCUCUUUUGGAUUCACUUGUUCAGAAAUGACUGCUUCUAAAGGUGACUUCCAUUUCUACUGUAACUCUGAAUAGUUCGUUAAGGUCUGUAAUGACCCUUGGCAACAGAGGUGUCCCAAACCAGCUUCCUGGGCGGUUGCUGAAGCGUGCCCAGCUUUGGCCCCGGGGAAGCCGUGGCAUUAGGGCUAUAACAUACUCCUGGUUCUGCAGUUAAUGCUGAAUGUGUGUCUGGUCUGCUCGAGCAGUUAUUUUUUCAUCACUGGUACAGUGACCUAGACUGUUAGAAGCAGAGGUGAAACAUAGUUGCCUUUUUUACUCAACUGAGCAUUGUAUAACCUAGUCUUUGUUCUACUACUUUUUUUAUUGUCUUCUGGAAAACUUUCCUCGAUGAGCAAUUAAAACAGGUGCUUUAGUUCUGUUGGUGUGCCAAACGUGGACCAUUGUAAGCUUUAAGUACAAGUUUGUGUCCAGCCUGGUUGCUGUUGGGGGAUAGGUGUGUUCUGUCACUGUCAAAGUCAGCGUCUGCUUUUGCUUCACUUCUUGGCUGGAGUUGUAAACAGUGAGUUGGUCGUUUCCACAGAGAACCACUUCAUUUUGUUGUGUCAGGUACUGCAUUUGUCAUCUCUGGGUCUGUCCUGAAUAUUCUGGAAGUGAACAGGCCAGUAGUAUUAGAUUUAAACAUUUGAUUUGAAAAGGUUUAACGUUAGUAGUAGCUGGUUCCAUGAAGUUCUGAGUGGUUAUUGACCUGUCCCCACGUGUAGUUUGCUAGAAGUAGUUAUUGGAACUAGGUGGUGGAUCUCAUAAACUGCUGUUGCUGCACUAGAACAGAGAAACCUUCAUGGCAACAAGGUUUAGUGGAAAAGCAAAGCAACCCUAACUGCUGUGUUGUCUACCCUUGAUGUUUUUCUUGGACAGGCUAAAGCAGUUAUGUUUUCUGUAUGGUUAAAAAAGUGCUUCUAUACAGAAAGUGUUGUGACACCAAUUAUGAAUGUUGUUUAUUUUCAGUAAUUUACCUCUGACUUAUUUGGUGUCGUAAUACUUUGAUUUUUAUCUCAGGGGUUGUCUGCAAACCAAAACUGACAUGUUCUGUGUUUGGCACUGUUUACAGAAUGCUUUGUAUUGUUUUUUCCUGUCUUCGCUGUGUGGUUAAAUGUCUAUUCAAUUAUUAGUCUCCAUGAACUUCCCUUUGAAAGAGCCUGUAAGUAGUAGAGUCUAUGAAGUGCUUCUUGAAGCAGCAGCGAAUUGGGGUAUCUGCUCUGUAUGGGGGAGGGUG